AUGCCGCUAGUACCGCAGGACGUAAGAGGAGUGAGUACCCGUGCUAUGUCAGAAGCGCAGCGUGUGAGGGAAGAGGGUGCUGCAGCUCAAACCAGCGAUGCAGAAGCCAAGCCUGUGCAGGUGGAUCUUCUGCUACAGCUGCAGCAAAUGAUGGCAGAGCAAGCGCGCCGCCAAGAAGAGCAAGCGCGCCGCCAAGAAGAGCAAGCGCGCCGCCAAGAAGAGCAAGCGCGCCGCCAAGAAGAGCAAGCGCGCCGCCAAGAAGAGCAAGCGCGCCGCCAAGAAGAGCAAGCACGCUGUCAGGCAGAACAGCUUCGGGAGCUGAAAGAAGAUCAAGAUCGUCGCCAAGAGGAUCAAGCUCGCCGCCAAGAGGAGCAAGCGCGUCGCUUGGAAGAGAUGCACAGGGAUUUCACGAAGGGACUGCAAAAGGCUGUCGAACGGGUACAAGAAGUGGAGGAAGGACAAGUGUUGGACAAUGGCACGCUGGUGUUUCUGCCGUUCAGCGCGGUGCAGUACCGGCAGGACGUGCACGCCACGGUGUACCGCUGCCGUGCGCACAACGCGCACGGAGCCAUCGUCUCCAGGGACAUGAGGACACAGGCAGAGGGGUUCUUCCUACGGCGGACUACUCCGCCGCGUCCGCGCACGCUGCUCAUGAGGAAGAACCCCUCUGUGGUUCGAAAGUAG